AUGCUCUCCGAGAUCUUCUGGCUUUUUCAAACCCUCACCGCCUGCUUCGGAAUCUUCAUCAACGGCCUUCUAAUCUACACAGUCCUGUUCUACACCCCAGAAUCCAUCAAAACCUAUUCCCUAAUCAUUCUCAGUCACGCAAUUUCCGAUUUCCUUGCCUGCCUUUUCCACAUCUUCACCCAUGCUCGAUUCAUUGGCACCGAAUUUACGAUAAGUUACGCGUCUUCCGGAUUGUGCAAAUAUCUUGAUUCUCCUGCAGCUUGUGAUUUCGCCUAUAGUUUCUAUAUUCAUUUUUCGAGUUUUUCGCUGUAUAUGAUUUUGGUGUCGUUUAGUUAUCGUUGGUGGAUUCUGACGAAAAGUUCACCAACUUCUAGAGCACUUUUGGGUGUCUGUUUCGCAUUUUAUAUUCCCUGCUUUCUACAAGUGGUGCGUAGGGAAAAGAGAAUACGACUAUUUUCCUAAAACACCCUUUUUCAGAUCGCCUUCUGUAUCGCUGGCUCCAAGCCCAUUGACAUAUACCGAGUGAUUCAUAAAAAAUACCCUGAUUACGAUCUCUCUGGCUAUCAAAUCAAUGGCCAGCUAGAUAUUCGAAACAUUUUCUCACUUUAUGGAUUUUGUCAUCUUCUUUUACCCGCUCAACCGAUUUAUUGUAUCAUCAUAUUUCUGCGAUUCAGGAUUAUUGGACAUUUGAAGGAGGCUGCAGGGCAUAUGAGUAAGAAUACAAGGGCUAUGCAUAAGCAAUUACUUACGUGUUUGACGAUACAGGUAAGAAACUAGGAUAAUUCUGAUCUCGCAUCAGACUUCAACAAACUCCUUUCCAGGCAAUGCUCCCAAUGCUCAAUAUCAUCGCAAUCUCACUUUUCGCCUUACAACUUUUCUCCAUAUUUUCGGACCCACUAAUCGAGGAAAAUAUGUUAUUUUUUCUCUUGCUAAUCCCUACAAUAUCCCCGAUUGUUAGCUUCGUUUUCAUCAAGCCUUAUCGAAGGAUUAUUCUAAAAAUGGCUGGGAAGAAAAUCGAUGAGAAGCGAGAUACCUUUGGACCGUCUAGUGUUAGUAAAAUUGAGCCGAGUAAAAUGUGA